AAAAAAAAAGCUUGAACUCAAAAAAGCGACCGGAAGUUUUAUAGUUUUAACCUUAAAAUAAAAGAGUUUUAGUCCAUGUGUUUACUUUCUUUACGAUUGAAGGACGGAUGCUGGCUGACAUCUGCUCCUAGCGGCAGCCGGUGGCGGUGCUGUUAGCAUUAGCUAGCUGGUUAGCUGAGGCUGAUUGACGCGGGCGAAGCAUCGGGCAGCCGGACCCAACUGCAGCAGACGAAAGGAAAGACUUUAUAUUUGAUAAAAACAACUUCUUAAAAGUGAAAAGAUAUCACCGAAGGCGAGUGUCGACACUUUGUUUCUAGCGAGUUAGCAUUUAGUUUCGGGCUAGCUAACUUCAGCUUAGCCAUUGUUAGCUGACAUCUGUAAACACUGGCUCUGUGUGUAGCUUUAGCCAAACAAGCACAAUGAGCUCCGGAACGGCCGCAGCGGCCACGCAAGCCGCCCCGGACGAUGACGGCAUGACGUGGUGGUACCGGUGGCUGUGUAAAAUAGCUGGGGUUCUGGGAGGAAUCUCCUGUGCCGUCGCAGGAGUGUGGAACUGCGUCACCGUGAACCCGUUGAACAUUGCUGCUGGAGUGUGGAUGGUGUUGAACGCUUUUGUGCUGUUCCUGUGUGAAGUGCCAUUCUGCUGCCAGUUCAUAGAGUUUGCUAAUGCAAUAGCAGCUCGUGCAGACAAACUCAAACCGUGGCAGAAAGCCCUCUUCUACUGCGGGAUGGCUCUGUUUCCCGUAGUGUUGAAGUUCUCCAUGACAACCUUGUUUGGGAACGCCAUCGCCUUUGCUACAGGAGUUCUGUACGGCCUCGCAUCUUUAGGCAAAAAGGGAGAUGCAGUGUCUUAUGCCAGACUUCAGCAUCAGAAACAGGGCGACGAAGAGAGGAUGGCAGGGACGGAAAACGGUGCUCCACAGUGAGGCGUCUACCUUCCCAACCUCCCCCUCUACUUUCUUCAGAUCCUGCCCUCCAUUCUUCCUCCCUCCCCCACUAUCACUUCUGUCACUACAUAACAAAGGUAUUUAGUUUAUAUAAUCCCUUUAAAUUGCUACCUUCUUUUUAUCUGGACCUAAUAAGUUGAUGUUGGAUUCAGUCCAUUAUUUGGUACCUGGUGUGCAAAUCUCUUAAAAUGUAAAGUUUUGUUUUCAUGUUUUUAUUCCCGCAUAUGGGUUUUAUUUAUAUAUUACUUUGUCCCUUUGUUGCUGCUGUUGUUUGUGAACCCUCUUUUCAGGAAACAUGUGCGUAACUUCUUUGUAGCCCAAGAGCCUUUUAGGAAAUCUGAAUAGUAAUUAAUGUGAUUGUAAAAUGUACAUAUUUGACUUCAGGUUGUUCACUAUGACUUUGAGGCUGUGAUUCAGAGUUGUCUGAGAUGUAAAGUGGGUAAAGAUAAGUCAAAAAUCCCCAGAUGUUUUUGGCAGCACAACCCAAAUGUUGAUACCAGCUUGUCUAACAUUGUUAUCAUCGCAAAGAGUAGGGGACCGUGGGGGUUUCCAGCAAACUGGGCCAUCUGCGUUUAAUGUAUGUCUUAUCAUAACUGCGUAUUUUUAUGCCUGGUACUAUUGUACAGCAACUACUUUUAGGGGACUUUCAAACCUGAAAGACAAAACCGUGGUUAAUUUCUUUGUUACAUCGUUUACAGUUGAUCCAGUUAGGUCUGAUUUGGCAUUGCAAUUUAUGGCUAAAGACUUUUGUAUGGCAUAAGUACUUUCUGUCAUCACCUUCACUUCACAUUGAUGCGUUAGUAGAUGGGCCUGGAGUCAGGGUGUUGUCUGUUCAGCAGGUUGUAGUCUCGCUGUUUGAAUUCUGAGAAUGAAUGAACUGGUUCAUUUGGUUAAUUCAUUGCUAAUGUAAUGGCAUUAUGGUUUCACUACCAGCAUCACAAACUUCAGGUGCAUUACUCGUCACUCAAGUAUUACGAUGUCUGAGGCGAAAACUUUACGUAAACCUGUGAACCGCCUCUGCUUCUUUCUUAUCUCCGAUUGCUUAAUGGUGUCUCAACUUCCUGCAAUUGGUCCGAAAGUCCAAACUAUCCCAGAAAACUGUAAACACGUGAUCUGAGCCAUGGUUCAGUUUGAGGAGCGGGACCGCCUCUUUUUGUCUGACUAAAUUAUGGUCUGUUGGGCCAGAUCCAUGGUCCAAGGUACGUCUCACACCUGUUAUUUUGGUUCAGGCUAAACUAAAAAAGUCUUAAAGUCGGGAGCAAACAAGGUUGGUGUGAAUUGCCCUUUGUCCCCAGCUCCUGAAAAGCAGAGUUAGACCCUGAGAUCCUUAUAAGGUUCAUGGUCCCAGGGGAAUGUACCUUUGGUGGAAAAUGACCUGAUAGAAGAGAAACUGUUUUUAUAUUAAAAGUGAGUUGAGGUCCUGAUGAAGACUACUAUUAGAAAGGAUCUGCUUCCAUUUUGGAUUGUAGUAUUUUUAAACCUAUCUUAACACAUACUAUUCAGCCAGUAGAAAUAGCGUCCAAGUCUAUUUUUCUUGAAUCUCUGAAUAAUGUGAAAAAUACUUUUUCACCAGUUUGGUUGAAAUCAAUGUCUUGUUUUUUAACAUUUUUAGACAACAAAAUCAUAGCGAAAUAAUAGAUUUAACGAUCUUUCCUCUGAGCUUUAUAAAUACGAAUCACACGAAAACACAGACACUCAGAGCUGGAUAUAGGCUAGAAACAAUUGUAGAGUAAAAUUCACUUUCAUUGAAAAAACAGUUCCUUAAACAUCUUCGGAAUUACUCAUCAGACUCCACUAUGUGCCUGAGAGUUGCAUCUCAGAAAUGGCAAGUCUGAAGUUUAGAUACAAACUGAGUGAGUUUGGUGUUAUAGUGUUACACCCCCUGCACACAUACAACUCUGAACUGCAGCUUCAAAUUAUUUAUGAACAUAUAAGGGCAUUAGGGAUGUUUCGAACAUCAGGGAAUGUAUCUGGUAAACCCAAAGACACAGAAAGUUGAAAGUUUAGUUUUAUUUUGUGCUUUCAUACGUUUAUUUCCCCCCUUUGGUAUAAGCUCAGUUAAAGCAACAAAUCUUUGGUAGCAUUGAAAAGAGGGAAUUUCAUUUAGAGCUUUCAGUGCAUGGGUCCUUGUUUACGAGCGGUUGCUCAUGUCGGAGCAGCCGGUAGCCAGGAUGUGGCUGCAGAUUUUGUGGCAUGUUUUGCACCGGAAAAAUGGAAAGUGCGCUUAUUUUAUUGGCUUCUUAAAAAGGUGUCGUGCUUUUCUUUUCUUUACAAUUCCUGAAUAUUGUUUGUGUUUUGUUAUGAGUCUUAAUUAGUGCAUUAACCGACCAUUAAAUUUGAAUGAGGGGUAGUGAGUUGAUUAAGGGACUAAUUGGUGUGUAUCCCACCCAAUCCUCACAGCCACAGCUUGUUUUGUCAUUCAAAUGAGUACCACAAUGGCCGACAAAUAUUGAGGUUGUGUUCGUGUUGUUUUUUGGCCGUGCCUCUGUUGUAUUGCUGGUAACAAGGAAUAAGUGUUGACACAAACCUCUUACAGCUGUCUCCUGCUCAUAUCUUGUUACUGGCCGGUCAGUGACUCGGUGGAUCGCUCGCACAUCACCACCAGCUCUCAGGUGACAUACUUUGACAAUGAAUAGCGUAAAGAUACAGUUAAAAAAGUGGUGUAUGAUCAUAGAUAUAUGAUAACUAGUGUGACUUAUCACCCUACAGGAGCUAAUGUUAAAGCAUUUUAAAUGUUCAUGCUCACAAGAGGUUAAACACCAAGUACACACCAGCGAUAUGCUACAGUCUGACACUACACACAUUCGCUCUUAUAGGAGGUAAAAACACUGCUCUCAUUGUCCAAAGCUGUCCACCCACCUGUCCGUUUUGAAUUGUAUUGUGUGUCCUCUGAUGUAAGGGUUGUGUAUAAAGUGUGUUCUGAUGUGAAUCCUCAUCCUGUAAUGAAUUAAUGAAUUAAAAAAAACUUCCUACUA